AAAAAGAAAAAAAUCGGAAACAAAGACAAGCGGGAAAAAAAGGCACCGAAAAUUUUGAACUCACAAAACCGCUUUUGAUUUUCUCACACUUUCUCUCUAAUUUUCCAGGCAGCCAAACACCCUUGAAUUUCCCAACCUCCCCCACUUGUGCCUUUCUUCAAAUUCCCAAAACCCUAGUGCUCCAAAAAGCCCCCCAAAUGAACUCUUAUAUAAUUAUUCUAAAACAAUGAUUAGCAACAACAAAGAAGAACCAAGCAAGUACCACACUGUACAAGCAGAGCGUGAUUUAGAAGCCAAUUGGGAAGUCGACCUUUCAAAAAAGCUCGAAGAUUACUUGUUAAAGAUUUGUUCUGGUGAAAUUGCUGGAAACGAAGAGGAUAGUAACGUCAAUUUCGCUGAAGCUGCUUUAUUGCUUCAAGGUUCAGUUCAAGUUUAUAGCAGGAAGGUUGAGUAUCUAUACAACUUGGUUUUGCAUGCUUUGGAUUUCCUUUCUCAAAAAAGGCAGCAGGAGCAAUCAGAGGGCGCGUCAGUCCAGCCUGAACGAAGUGGUUCCCAAGCAGUUUCUGAAGAAGAUACUGAUCAAUUUUGGGUCUCAGAUGAUGUCCCAGUUGAACCAAGAAAUUACUUAGAUGCUUCAACCAGCAAAGAUGCUUCUUUCUAUCACUUUGUGAAACCACCAGCAAAUCUUAUUGUUCUUGAAGGCGAUUGCUUAGACACCAGUGGUGAUGGCGGGGAAUUAGAGUCAUAUCUGUUAGCCACCAAUGAUCUUUACCAAGACUUUAUUCUCUUAAACCCAUGUGAUGCCAUAGCCGUAAAUGAUUUUUUGAAAGCAGAUGAUACUAGAAAGGCACAAUAUGGUUCUUAUAGGGGCAGCUCAACACGCAAGACCUUUCAAUCCCCGACAAGAUGUUCUGGGGGGACUGCUUAUAAGCCUUCUUUUGGAAAGAAUCGGGAUGCCAAUCCCAUGCAACCACCAGUUGCUGGUUGCGGUUUUCAAGCUAAUGAUUAUAAGACGGGGCCUGAUCCUACUGUCCAUGAUAAUUUUGACAGCAAUCAUGGAUUUGAUAUGGAAGACACACAUUCAGAACCUGAUAAUGAAGAAGAUUUGGAUGAUGAUGAUGAUCCCUGGAAGCCAUUGAAUCCUCAUGAACCUGGGAACUUAAAAGUGAAACCUUUUGAGAAAGUAAAAGCUUUCAGAAGGAAUGGGAAAAAAUCUGCUAAGCACGCAUCUAUAACUACUCUGUUUCCACCUGCAAGGAUGCAUGGUCCUGUUAGUCUGGAUCUCACAGAAAUGUGGGAAGCACGGCAAAACGAACUUGGAAAACAUAGGAACACACAACCUACUCCAUUUUAUGUAAAGCUGAGGAAAUCCCUUACUAAUGAAGGACAUAAUAUUCCUGAUACUUUUGGUACCUCUGGGAAUGACAAUGAAGACAAUGCAUAUUACACUGGGUUCCCUGAUUUCGGGCAGCAUGAUGAUGAGAUUCCGGAAUACAAGGAUGAAGAUUUUCCCCCUCCACGUGAAAAGCAUGAUGAUGGCGCUACUUGCUUUGACACCUAUAAAGAUUUUGGACACGGAGAUCAAAGUUCUCAAGCAAGCCUAGAAGAUCUAUGUCGCUCUCAUCUUGAUGCUCUCCUUGCCAAUAUAGCUGAAACUGAGAAGCAAACUGAAUUGGCUACUCGGGUUUCAUCAUGGAAACAGAAAAUUGAGCAAAACUUGGAAGAACAAGACUCACAUCCGCCAUUCAACAUUCAUGCCUAUGGUGAAAGGAUUGUUGACAAACUCUCUCUUGAAGUGGAUAGCAAAAAUGUCAUGGCCUUUACUGACGUUGUAAAGGGCCAGGAAAAGCAUGAUGUGGCUCGAACCUUCUCCGCGCUUCUUCAGCUGGUGAACAAUGGAGAAGUUGAUUUGGAAAGGAGUCAAGCUAAUGGGGAGUCGUUCUGUUACUCGGCUGUCAAUCCUUUCAAUGUUCGGCUCCUCGGUCAUAAAAAAGAUCAGGAAGGAAGACAAUUUCAAAUGUCCAAAAAGAGAGUUAAAUCACCAAUAAGAAAGAGAGGUCCGAGGCCUGGGAAGAACGGUGGCACUAGUAGGUGCACGCCGGAAGGUAAGAAGAGGCGAAGAUCUCGACUUGUUGAACCAGUUGACUUGCAUUCGACCGGGUGACAAAAUCAUGAUAAGCAAGUUGUACUUUAUUGCUCGAGUUAUUCAAUCCUAGUGCUGAAUGGCUUGGUGCAUUUACAAUGUGAUUGCAUUAUUUCUGACUCAGUAGUCCUAGAGACAAUGGUCAGCUAGCUAGCAUGUGUAAUCUAUUUUUAAUACAUCACGGACUUGCAGGUGAAGGGCCUUGUAAUAACGCUACUAAAUACUAAUUGUCAAGUGUAGCAGUGGAUAAGUUGUAAUUCACUAAUUAAUGUUCAUUUUCAUAAUUAAAUUACAAUUAAAUUAAA